UUCCGUCCAUCAUUCGGACAGCACGCGUCCAGCAAUCAUUCGAUUAAGUUUGAUCGUUCGGUUUCUCGUUGUGAAACAAAUACUGUAGGGAUGAAAAGUGUGAACUUUUAGCAUGGAUUAUAGCUAUGAAUCCAGUAUAGUGUAUCAAUUGUUCCAACUGAAAUUUUGUGUGCAACCAUCUAAUUAGGAGUUUCAAGGACAACUGAGCACAAGAAAUACAGUGAAAAUGACCGCGAUUGUGGUGUGAUCAGAGUAUGAUGAAGAGAGCUGACUCACGCAACUUAAGUUUUCACUGUUUCGGGUUUUUACGGGUUUUUACCAAAUCAACAAAAUUAAAAAUGCGAAAUUAAUUACCGCUUUAAAAUGUGCGAUUCUAGUGACCUGCUUUAUGCAACUACUAUAUUUAUUUUAUUAAUGGUGGCUUUUCGCGUGUUGUCGGUUAGUGUAAACACCUUUUAAGAUUCACAUGUGAAAUGAUGUAGAAUGACAUUAAAAAGUGCAAGAACUUUGUAACGAAGGAAGAAAAUACAGUGAAACAGUUUAUAGUAAAACAAUCCAAAGUAUUUGAUAUUUUAGACAACUAACAGAGUGAAAAUACAGGAAAAUGCUACCAAUACGAUAUGCCUACUGGUUGGCACUGAUUUUUUGUUUCGCAGAUGCACAAUCGAAGGAGUUGGAUAGAAGUAAAACAGCAGCAAACAAGAAAUUAAGGAUAUGCGUAGUUGAAGGAACUGGUCUGUACAAGAAAGGUGCUCAAAAUUGCCCAACAUUGGAGGCAAAAUCGGACAUUGAAUGCGUUUAUGGCUUAGAUAGAUUAGAUUGCUUGAGAAAAAUUCAAAAAGGAACAGCGCAUUUCACUGUUUUUUCGCCUGAGGAUCUACUAGCCGCAAGAUGGAUUGGUGCGGAGAUAUUAGUCACCAGCGAAUUACGUUUUCACAACGAGUUUUUUGAAUACCAAAUUGUUGCGGUAGUGGAUAAUGAGGCACACAUAAACACAGCCAGAGAGUUGAAGGGCAGCAAAUUUUGUCAUCCUGGUCAUGGAAUUCAAAACCAUUGGACUGAAGUGCUAGCUGAUUAUUUUGAAACGAAAUUAGUUCCUCGAGAAUGCGAAGAAGAUUUGUCACCAACAGAGUCAAGAAUAAAAGCGGUAGCCAACUUUUUCGGCCCAACUUGUAAGGCAGGCCCAUGGGUUUCGGACCCCGUCGAAGAUCGUCUUUUGAAAACUAAAUAUCCUUCUCUAUGUCAGUUAUGCUAUAACCCAUAUCAAUGUGGAAUCGGUGAUAAACAUUGGGGUCGUCGGGGACCAUUGUACUGCUUAACAAGCGGCGCUGGUGAAGUUGCCUGGGUUCGUUUGGAUGACGUUCGUAGUCACUUUGGUUUCAGUGGACUUCCGCCAGAGGCAGACCCGACAGGAUUCAGUUUUCUCUGUCCUGAUGGACAUUUGCAACCACUGGACACCAGGAAACCAUGUGUUUGGCUGGCCAAACCAUGGCCAGCUGUUGCUGCGCAAAGACAAUUUGCCAUGAAGGUACAGGAUACUGUGGCAGGAUUAAACCAUGAUGACAUAAACAGUUGGCAAAAUGCUCUGUUAAUGAUUUUGGAAACGUACCAUGUAAAUGUUACGACUCUAGACAGUGCAAUACCAGUGGAUGAUUAUUUAGAUCAAGCGGUUGGAUUCCAAGAUGCAUACAGUUUUCCAUCGUGUAACCCUCCAAGAUCGAUACUUUUUUGUACAAAAUCACUUGUAGAGUUAGCUAAAUGCUCAUGGCUACAGGAAGUUGCCGCGGUGUUUGGUGUUGAACCGAAUAUACAAUGUAUGCGUGCCGAUACUUCGGAUGGUUGCAUGAAAAAUGUUCAGUACAAAGUAUCUGAUGUUGUUAUUGUUGACGAGAACAACAGACUACGUGCUGAGCGAGAUUACAACCUCAAGCCAAUUCUACAUGAAUACUCACCAACGCUGGAAGAUAAAUAUGUUGUUGUUGCUGUCAUUCGAGCGGGGUCACAUAUUAAAACUGGUUUUGAUCUUCGUGGAAAGAAGGCAUGUUUCCCUAGUUAUGAAGGAACAGCUUAUUUAUCUGUGCUAGAAUCACUUAUGAACCAUACAAAUCUCAUUGAUGAAUGUACUGAUGUAUCUAGCUAUUUCUCUCCCAAUUCAUGUAAUUGGAAUUUAAAAUCGAAGUGUUCCAAAAUUUAUGAUGGAGAAGAAGGAGCUUUGAGAUGUCUUCUCGAGGGCAACGGAGAUGUAGCAUUUUUGAGUUAUGGAGUUUAUAAACAAUUCAAAGGAAAGGAACUCACGUUGUCACACAAACACAAUCCUUCGGAAUUCGUGUUAUUCUGUCCAUUUAACAAACCAUUGAAGCCCAAUGCCGUUUGUUAUCUCAACUGGGCUUCUAGAGGGCAUAUCAUGAUCAGUGGAACUGCUUCCAAGCUUCGUGAAAAAGAAAUAUACAAUUCAUUGAGAGAAAUUGAUAGAUUGCUCGGUAAGAAACAUCGGUUGACAUCUGUUCCUUUCACGUUGUACGGGAAAUUCGAUGGCAAAACUAAUGUUAUUUUCAGAGAUAAUACCGAAUCACUUCGGAGUCGAACCGAACUGUAUCGCGACAGAAACCCUGGACUUCUCGACUCAAUAUAUGCCAAGGUUGUGCACAAAAAGUGUAUUGCCAAUAGUUCCACUAGAAUAAUGUCCACACUAUCUAUCAAUGCCAUACUGAUUAUCUAUUUAUCGAUUUACCUCUUAUGAUUUCCAGCGACUGAGUAGGUUUUGUAUUGUGUAGAAACAAUUUUGUGAUAUUAUGUAUACUUUAGACAAGUAAUAAA